AUGUUCGGUUUUCUGGGAGCCAUAGCCGAUAUUCUGCAUGAGGAUGGACACAAUGUGACUAUCCUCUCUCCAAUAAUGGAUCCUCGUGUUGAGAUGGUAGGGCACACUUCGUCGAUUCUACAGAUACCGUACGAAUCCAAAUACAUGGAUCACGAAGGGUAUUCGAAGCUGGAGGUUAAAAGCUCCUCGUUCUGGGAAGUACCAGCCCAAGGACGCUCAAUGAGUGUGAGCGAUUUCGAAGGGUUCGUCAGGAACAUGCAGAGCUUGUAUCGAGGACUCGCCGAAGAUAAAGUCUUCCUGGACCGCCUUCGUGCUUCCCGGUUCGACGUUGCUGUGCACGAAAUUUACGAUCCAUACCAAGUCGGUAUUUUUGAGUUGAUUGGUGUGAAGAGAACUGUGGCCGUGUCCGCGUAUGGAAUAACGCCAUACGUUCGAGAAGUCACCGGAGUUCCUCUGAACCCGAGCUAUAUCCCAGGACCAUACACGACAUACAGCGAUGAGAUGACAUUCUGGGAACGUCUGGAUAACUUUAAGCUCAAAAUUGAACUUGAGUAUCGGUCUCUCAAUUGGGAACGAGAAACGUUGUCGAUUUUCCAAAAGGUGCAUCCUGGUUUCCCGAAUUUUCGGGACCUUCUCAAGCAGAAGGUUGGAGCUGUCCUGCUGAACGUGAAUGAGUUCCUGGAGACACCUCGUCCUACUGCUAACAUCGUUCGAUACGUGGCAGGACUGUCCAUACGUGAACCGAAGCCGCUAGAUGAAAAGAUCAACGCUCUCCUGGAUCAGCGAAGUACAAAUGUUCUGUUCUCGUUGGGUACUUUCACUCAAUCGAGGGACAUGCCACUACGCCUGAAAAAAGGUAUAAUAGAAGCUUUUGCUAGCUUCCCAAAUACGACAUUCAUAUGGAAAUAUGAAGACGACAGCGAUUCUGAUUUGUUCAGAGCUCAUCCGAACAUAUAUAGAAUGAAGUGGAUUCCACAAAUGGACUUGCUAGUCGAAUUAAGCGGUCUGUCUCUUGUUUCACACACGCGGAAUGAACUCCGGUUCUUGAGGCGACGUUCGCUGGCAAACCCAUGGUGGUCAUACCACUGUUCGGAGAUCAGUUCCUCAACGCAAAAAAUAUUCGACGAGGAGGCAGGGCGCACCUAUGCGCGCAAAGCUGCCACAGUGGCACGACAUCUUCGUGGACGAGCGGCCGCAGCACGUGCUGAGGUAAAGCGUUGGGUGAAGUUGGUGGCCGAAGAAGGCCAAAUGGAUCAUCUGAUGAUUCGUGCAAGAGAUCUCUCAUUUGUACAAUACAACUGUCUCGAUAUUAUCGCAUAUUUGCUUGCUCAAUUCGCAAUCGUUCUAUGUUUUGUGGUUUUUAUUGUAAAACUUCUCCUGAAAUGGAUCUCGCUUUCUUUAAAGAAAAGUAAAACCGAAUAA